AAGAGCAUUUGGGUUGUGCUGCAGCUAUAAAUAGCACUAAUGUUACAGGCAGCAUAGGAGCUUGAGCAAUAAGUCUAUUUUUAGAAAUCUCAAUAAUUGCUGCGAUUGGGCAAAAUGUAUCACGUGACCAAAUGUUGAUGGUUUACACAGGAAAGGGUCAGGAAACAUUCUCGGGUCAAAAUUGGAGUAUUUUCGCCUAAAAACAGUUAUUUAAGUGACCUGUAUUAGAUUGCGAGAUGGCCUAAUGGAUGGAUUAUAUUGGAUAACCUCAAUAGAACUGAAGAAUAUCAGUUACAUCAACAAACCCUAAGUUUUCGUAUAAUAAGGAUUUUUUACAUCCUUGCUCUACAUGAAGCAAUUUUGCGUCGUCAUAACCAAGACAGCCUUACGUCUUUGGUAAUAAUCAUCACUAUGGACAGGAAUACUUUAAGCAACAAUUUUAAUUAUCCUGUCGUAUCUAGAGAGUCGGGGAUGGAAAUUAACAAUCACUUUUCUCAUAUCAACAGGAAAGAUAUACCCCAUACCUCACCACUGUCAUCUCCAAUACUGACGCGACGGGAUAUUUCGUCUUCUCUUGAUCAGCAGCUACAGGCGCAGCUUGUGACGUUAAAACAACAGCAUGACCUUCAACAGCACAUGCUCAUGCAACAAUACCAGGAACAGCAGCAUAAACUAGCUUCCGAACACCAGAUGCAGAUGGAGGAACAUAUCAAAAUUAGCCCUAGCAAAGAGGAUUUGGCAUUUAAGCGCAGUCUCCCCUUGUUAGCCCAGGCUAGACUAUUCCAACUACAGGCAGUGCCAGAGCAAAUGCUGUUGGUUCAGAAGCAGCAAGAGUACCUUGAGCAACAGAAAAAACUGGAAGAGGCCACAAGGAUAGAAAAAGAUCGCCAGGAAAGGCAUCGGAUAGAGCAGCUCAAAAAUAAGAAAAAGGACCAAGAAAGUGCAGUAGCUUCGUCAGAAGUAAAAUUGAAAUUAGCAGAGUUUGUUUUAAAUAAAAAACAGCGAGAGGCAAUGGGGGCAAACCACUCACCCCCACAGUUUAGACACUGGGCUGUUCACCAUAAUUCUCUGGAGCAGAGCUCCCCACCCCAGAGUGGUCUCUCACCCCCCUACAGACACCCAGGAAUGCUGGGACAAUAUGAUGAUGAUUUCCCACUGCGGAAAACAGCAUCUGAACCCAACUUGAAAGUGAGAUCUGUAUUAAAGCAGAAAGUUCUGGAUCGGCGCAGUAGUCCGCUAUUAAGACGCAAAGAUCGCACUCCAUUACCACUUAAAAGAAAAACACCUCUCACAAUCGACACCACAUUAUCAUGUCACAGUAAUCCUGAUUCAGGGCCUAAUUCGCCUCCCAAUGGUUCUGCGGUGGGGUCGAGUGGUAGCAUCUCAUCACUACAUAAAGAGGAGCUGGGCCCCUUGCCUUUACAGAUGAUGAAGAAUAUGGUUGGCCAAGGAGGGGACAUGCUCUAUGCCUCCCCCUCACUGCCCAACAUCUCAUUGGGCAGGCCUGCCAACCCUUCCAGCUCAUCCACUACAGCCGAGCAUUCUGAGGCUGAAUUGAGAGCACUUGGAGCGGCAAGGUUUGGUCUCCCACUGACAGGUCACAUGAUGCCCAGCACACUGCCCUACUUCCCCUCUUUACCAGUGAUAGAUGGAGAACAUACUAGCCCCACUGCACCAGGGAACCAAGCCUAUCUAUCAGCCCAAAUGAAGGCCUUGGAACAGACUCAGAGUCCAGGCAAGAUGGCAUCUGGCUUUGCAGGCAGCAGGGGCAUUACUGAUGCCCAGGUAGCACAUGCUAGACUGCACAGACACAGGCCUCUUGGAAGGACCCAGUCAGCUCCCCUGCCUCUGCAGCACCCACUGCUACAGCAGCAGAACCUUCUGGCUAUACAGCAGCAACAUCAGGAACAGCUGCUUAAGGAAAACCAGAAACAUUAUCUUAAACAGCAUCUGCGCCAGGCUGUCCUGCAGAGGUCUAGCAGUAAGAACCACAUGGAGAAUGUGGAUGAAGAGACUGAAGUUAAACUAGCACAGGAAAUGCGGGAAACUCGGGACAUCUCCCGAUCUCGAGACAAACUUGAAGAGGAAGAUGUAAUGAUUGUAAAUGAAUCUCCUUCCAAAUCCACAGACUCUCGCGACGAAGACCAACAGGCAUUCCUAUACCAGCAAAGAGAAUUAUUACGACAGUACAGAUUGCAUGAUGAUAACAGUCACGACAGUACAGAAAAUAUGCGAUCGGCUGUUCCAAGUCAUGUACAUCCUCCCCCACUCAAUCGCACACACUCUAGCCCUAUAGUUAAGUUCUCUACAACAGCCUCGUCCACUCAGUCUCAACCACAGACCCAGCAGUCUACUGCUGAGGACACAACCCCAGUGACAUACACAUAUACCACAGGUAUAGCAUACGAUAACGCAAUGCUGAAACACCAGUGUGUCUGCGGCAAUAAUAAUAACCAUAUAGAACAUGCGGGACGCUUGCAGAGCAUUUGGGCCCGUUUGCAGGAAUCACAUCUUGUAGAUCAGUGCGAGAAAAUCAAAACACGCAAGGCCACUAUGGAAGAGCUUCAGUCAUGUCAUGCAGAGUCUCAUACAAUACUAUAUGGAACCAACCCUGUUAGUAAAAUAGACCCUAAAGUUUUAGAAAAUCUCCAUGUGCGGUUUUGUAUGCUACAAUGUGGAGGUGUUGGCAUUGACUCAGAUACAGUAUGGAACGAUAACCACACAGCCAUGGCUGCCAGGGUUGCAGCUGGAUGUGUCACUGAACUGUCUCUACUUGUUGGCUCCGGUGAACUCAAAAAUGGUUUUGCGAUAGUUCGGCCUCCUGGGCAUCAUGCAGAGGAAAAUCAACCAAUGGGGUUCUGUUAUUUUAACUCAAUUGCCAUCGCCGCCAAACAGUUACGACUCAGAUUAAAAACUAAGAAAGUGCUAAUCGUUGACUGGGAUGUUCACCAUGGCAACUCCACCCAACAACAGUUCUAUGAUGACCCCAAUGUUCUCUACCUCUCUUUACAUCGCUAUGAGGGUGGCAGUUUUUUCCCUGGGACUGGUAGCCCAGAAGAUUGUGGCUCAAGUAGUGGUCUGGGGUACAAUGUGAAUAUUGCAUGGUCCGGUGGGCCUGAAAAUGCCAUGGGAGAUGCCGAGUACCUUGCUGCAUUCCGGAGUAUCGUGAUGCCUAUAGCUCGAGAGUUUGGGCCUGAAGUGGUGCUAGUGUCAGCUGGUUUUGAUGCUGCAGCCGGUCACCCAGCUCCAUUAGGAGGUUACAAUCUAUCUGCAGCCUGUUUUGGCUACAUGACAAAACAGCUGCAAACUCUAGCAGAUGGUAAAUUGGUGCUUGCCUUAGAGGGAGGCUAUGACCUGCCAUCUAUAUGUGAUGCCUCUGAGAUGUGUGUUAAAGCUCUCCUAGGAGAGGAGAUACCCCAAGUGAAGGAGGAAGAGCUCGUCCGACUUCCUAACAAGAAUGCCAUAGAGACGAUGGAAAACUGUGUGAGAAUCCAGGCCAACUAUUGGUCCAGUGUAAAGCGUCACACAUCCACUAUAGCAUGCUGCUAUGUUGAAGCCCAGAGACGUGAACGGGAGGAAACAGACACUGUUACAGCACUUGCCUCAUUAUCAAUGGUCACAGCUAAACAAUCUAGUGUGGAGGAGGGGUCCUUAUCUCCAGCUAUCUCAGAGCCAAUGGAAGAGUCUUGAAGAGCUCCAUCUAUUGGGGACGUACGGUGCUGUGAUUUAACAUCAGUCAACAAGUAAUCUCCUGGAUUGCCAUAGUAACCACUUGAGGCCAUAAUGCCAGAUCCUGCUAGAUUAGUACCCUGUUUAGGCAAUAGAGGUCAUAUGUGUAUGUCCUAUUAGAUAAUCAGCAGAAUGUUCACCAGGUGUUACAACAUAAAGAGCGCCAUAGAUUGGAUGACAUGAAAUUAAAACAGAGCUGGAUAAAGAUCCUGAUCGCAUUGCCAAAUAAGAAUUUACACUGAACUUGUGUUGUAUUAUCGUAAAUCGACAAUGAUUCGCCUUAGGUUGCACAUAUUAAAAUGACUGGAUGGUGAAAUCGGAAUAUUUUAAUGAUAGAGAACUUGAUAUAUUAUAAAUAAAUACUGUAGUAUAUACAAAUAUGAGUUGAGUCAAGAGUGCAGUUCAAUAUACAUGGAUAUGCUACAUGUAUGUUUGUAUGUGCCACAUGUUAAGGCUGCAUGUAUGUGUUAUGUCAGAUUGGAGGCUUACAUAUUUAUGAUCAUUCAAUGUACUGUUAGAAAAAGCUAUAUUUUUACAUGCAUAUAUAUAUGUUUGUAUUAAAUGUAUUUAAUUUUUAUGUGAUAGACUAUUAAGGACCAUAAAGUAGAUUAUAGCGCACAAUUUCACAACUUUCACAGCUGUCUCAAAAGCAAUGAAAAAAGAUUUUAACGUCAUUUGUGAAUUUUCAAGGAGUUCAAUUUUUACACUUUAGUGUUGUUGAUAGAGAAGCUGGGAACAUUGUGAACUUGUUUGCCGUUGAGAUUUUUAUUUUGAUUAAUGUUUUAUCGAGAAUCGCAAAUAAUCUAUAUAUAGCAUGCCAACAACUCAAAUGAAGUAAAGUUACAGUAUAUAGAGAAAUAUACAUGAGUGUAUUUGCUGAGUAGAUCUCCGCGCAUAUGUCUAUAUCAAGUAGAAUAAGCUGUACAUGUAGAAGUUGCAAUGAGAAAACCUAUUACAAUUGUGGCAUUUUAACGAGGAUAGUGGUUACCAUAGCAAUGAGGCCUCUCUGAUGCAUCUUAGUUACAGUGAACAUUUUCAUCAUUUGAAUUUUAGAAAAUAAUUUCAUAUGUGAGAGCUUAAUGUACCGCAUGUGUGAUAUAAUAUGAAAUCAUUGUAACAGAUUAGCUGAUUUCAUUUGGGAAAGAAAAAGUUAAAAACACAUUUAUUUAGGUGUACGAUUGCUUACAUUGAAUGCAAUUAUUAAGUUGUACAUGUAUAUGUAAGUAUCCAAAUAUAUUUAGGUUUGUGGCCAUGAUGUUAAUAUAAUCAUCACUAUAAAACAUUCUUUGAAAAUGUUAAUUGUAAUAUAAGAUGAGGCAUGUUAAAGCAGCAGGAAAAUGGGGUGAAUAUGUAUAUUCUAGUCAUCCAAUGUGUGGAAGGUACUCAAACAUUACUCAAAAGUUACUCAAAAGCUUGUACAUACGUCAUCACAAAUUCAUAAAAACAAUGUCAGCCUAGCAAGCAAAUUGUCUAAUUCGUUCUGUAAAUGUUUUUUGCAUUUAUAUUGUUGUUAUUAUUAUUAGAAAUUGAAGUAAUAACUGCAAACUCAAAUCGUGUAAUAGUUUUUCAAUGAACUAUUUAGAAAUAUCGAUAUUUGUUUAUAAAAUGCAAUGGAAACAUGGAACUCGUGAUAUUUGGAAUCCUGAGAAAAUUGUUUUUAUGAAGCCGCUUUUCAUUUUAUUAUGUCACCACCAAAAGUGGUGACAUAUUGUUAUAAUUAUUAGGAAUUGCUAGACUGAAAUUGACUUUAUAUGUAUGUGAAUAUUAUAUAGUAGAGCACUAUACUAGGUGUUUUCUUGUAUUUUUGUAAUAAAUAUGCUGUGUGUAGGAUGCCGUGAAAAGGCCCUAUUCAAUACCUGUGACGGGACUGAACUGUAUUGUGUGUACAAUCGUACAAUUCUCUCACAACAUUGAAGUCAAUAUACCAUUUUAUAGUUGUACAUAUCAUUUUCACAAACAUGAAUUUUGCAUGGAGCCACAUGUUUUUGUCAGAGCAUAUUCAAGAGUUAAUAUUGUCAAAUAAUUUUUAUGUCAUUCAAAUGCAUUCUUCAUUUUACCAGAACUUGGAGGUUAUGGAAAGGUGUCUGUUUUUUGGUACAUUCUAGUAUCAUGUGAAAUCAUUCAAGUGUGUUAUUUCAAGUGUUUGAAGAGUACAUUCAACCAGAUGUUACAUGAGUAAUUACAUAUAAUUAACAAACAUGAACUGUUCUAAAUGUCAAAAAUGUAUUUGAUUAUUUUUUGGAGGUUUGUUGACUGAUUCUCUAUUUGUUAUGGGGUAAAUGCAGGAAGUAUUCGUGUACUGAUAGUGUAUUGUUUUUAGUUUUAGUUUUUCAUGAGUUUUUAUGCCAGAGCCAAUUUUUAAGAUUCAUAUUUAGAGGUGCUGAACAAUUUUAUUUCUUUGUUUAUCACGCUAUUUUACAAUUUUAUGUAUACUUAUUAAGAAGGGUAUAGAUUGAAAAUACUUUGUGUGUGAUAUCAGCCUGGUAUUACAUGUACAUGUGUUAUAUCUAUUUCAUAGAUAUGCUUAUAGGUUAAUCAUUAAUAUUUUCCAAAUGCAUUUUCAUUUGGUAUAAUAACAUGGUACAGAACAGUUUAAUCAUUUUGCUCAUGUGGUUGAUGAUUGAUCUGCACAAUGGUUUAGUUGUAUAUCACUGCAUCGUUGCAUUCUCUGGGUUCACAUUCACUUACAAUGGAGAGUUCACAAUUUAAGAUGAUGAUAUACAUCACUGUGUAAUUUAAAAAAAUACUUAAAACUUAGGGAGAAUCUCAGAACUACCAUGUACUAUAUCUACUGGAUGGAGUUGCCAUAUUUUUGUAUUGACACAUUCGAAUAUGUAUGAAUGUUACAUAUUUCUAAAUAACAAAUCAUUAGAAGUUUAUUGUUGUGAUUUAUAUUUUGAAAAAAUAAUAUAGUGAUUUAAAACUGGUCAUAAAUUGAACUGUUUCCAUGGAGACAAAGUUGUUUUUAAAUUUUAAAUUGAUCCAUAUUUGCAGUUCAGGUUUUAUGAGGAUUUCACACAUUUGCAAAAAUUUUUACAAACUUUUAAAAUGAAAUAUUUUAAAAAGGAGAAAUUUGUUGAAGGAAAGAGUAUGUUUUGAAGUAUUAAAGGGUGCAUGUAUGAAUUUCAAAUACAAUUAUAAGUAGAAAAUUUGAUUGAGUGACAUUUGUUAAAAUGAAGAAUUGAGAUUGUAUCAUUGAAUGUUGUAUCGAUACACAAGUAAACAGUAACUAGUGAACAUAU